CCUCCCUGCCGCCAGGGGGCGCCUCGGCGCCGCCACCGAGAGGGAAGGGAGCGCCUCGGCUCCAUGGCAACCAGGCCACCUCCUGUCGCCAUGCCGAGCCCCCGGAGCAGCCGCGAACGCCGCGCCGGCAGCGGCAGCAGCAGCAGCGGCCGUCUGGAGUUCCUGUCCCUGGUGAACCAGCGCAGCCCCGGCGGCCCGGACAGCCCGUCACGCCGCAAGGAGUCAGGCAGCUCCACAGCAGCCCCGCUGCCCGAGGAGGACUGCAUGAAGCUGAACCCCUCCUUCCUGGGCAUCGCCCUCAGCUCCCUGCUCGCCAUCGACCUCUGGGCCUCCAAGCGCCUGGGCGUCUGCGCCAGGGAGGGCUCGGCCUGGGGCAGCGCCCGGCCCCUCAUGAAGGUGAUCGAGGUGUCGGGGCACGGCAUCCCCUGGCUGCUCGGCACCUUCUACGGGCUCUGCCAGAGUGACAGCUCAGCGGCCAGGGAGGUGCUGCUCAACCUGCUCUUCGCGCUGCUGCUGGACCUCGUGCUGGUGGCGGUGGUGAAAGGGCUCGUCAGGCGGCCGCGGCCCACGCACAACAAGAUGGACAUGUUCGUCACCGUCUCGGUGGACAAGUACUCCUUCCCCUCAGGCCACGCCACCAGAGCCGCCCUGGUCUGCCGCUUCCUCCUGCACCACCUGGUGCUGGCUGUCCCGCUGCGGGUCCUCGUGGUGCUCUGGGCUCUCAUCGUUGGCCUCUCGAGGGUCAUGCUGGGCAGGCACAACGUGACGGACGUGCUGUUUGGUUUGCUGCUGGGCUAUGCUCUGUACAGUGUGGUGGAGUACUGCUGGCUGUCGCCACUCAGCGCCCCAGCCCUCUUUGCCCUCUGGAGCCACUGAUGGCUGGGGCCCUCCCAAAGGAGGAGGCGUGCAUCUGGUCUUCUAAGCACGCACAGGGAAGGGAUACUGGGACUUGAACUCCCAUCCUAGACCCCGCUGAGGUCUAGCCAAGACUUCAACACUAGCAGUGCUGAAGGUUCCUGGGCCCACACUUAGAUGUUUGGUGCUGUCCUGCCCUCCUGAUGGGCUGUCAGGCAGGGUGUGCACUGGCCAAGCAGCUGCACUGACUGUUCUCCCAUGAAAAACCAGUUCUUGCAGAGCCCAGGGAGGGCUCAGCACAUUCACCCGGCAGCUCACUGCUGAUACUGUGAAUCUGCACACCCUUGCUGGGCACCUGCUGCAUUAGCCCAUGGUGUAUGUGGUAGCUGUAGCUUUGCAGGGGUUUCUUUGUGACUGUCCAUGUAUUUGUAUGCUGUAAAUAUACUGAUCACGUUGUUGUCGUGAGUGUGCACAGCCUACUCCAUAGUGUCUGUCUGGAGAGGACUCACUGGUGACUCCUCAGGUUCAAAAAGAACUCCA